AUAUGCUUUGAGGCUGCGGAACGUGCGUCUGUUCUAGAUCGCAAGUGUUCGUGAGGAGCCGGCGCCAGUCCAGAGAUGGCUUCGUCCAACCACAUCGUGGAUGAUUUCGAGAGCUCUUUUCAGGCAUGUCUGGCUGCAGUCACAAAUCCAGAUUACUUCUAUGUUCGUGACUCGGAAGAAGUAAAGACAGGAGUGGAGCAGACUGUACAGCGGUUCCUGGAUGUAGCUAAACAGAUGGAGAGUUUCUUCCUUCAGAAAAGGCUGGUACUGUCGGCUCAGAAGUCCGAGCAAAUGGUCAUGGAGGAUAACACAGAGCUGAAAAAUGAACUGGUCCGCAAGGAACAGUUGCUACAGAAGUACAAUGAGAAGAUUCACUACUGGCAAAGCCUUCUGAAUGACACAGUGAAUGCAAGUGGGCAGCAGACGCAGCCACAGCCACAAGUACCUCCAGGAGGCGGCACACAGCAAGGCAUGCCUACACAGAGCCAGCAGUCUAUGCCAAUGGGUGGUGUAGCACAAGGCCUGCCAGGUCCACUGGCCUACUUGGAGCGGACCACAUCCAGCAUUGGCAUGCCAGAUCCCAGGCGAUGAAGACUAGAGGCACACCAAAGUGACUGCCUACACCUCAUCUUUCAAAAGCCAUAAGAGAGGGCUGUGUGUGGGAUGUGCAGCUAGCUGUGGUAUGCAGUGGUCAGAAGUGCCUCAGUAGGCUUAAGACAGGCUGAUUUGUUGUGAUAAAUAUGCCAGUGCCCCAUCUCCGAACCACUUUACCUGUGGCAUAAAAUUAUGACCGUCACAUGUCGAGCGCCUGCCACUGCUGCCUUUGUUUGUGUGCGUACCCCAUGGUUACUUAACACAGACCUACCUUCUUUGCUAUUGCUGAUUGUGAGCCAUACCAUUAUGGAAUGCUCUUUUAGCUCCAGAAAAGGCUGAAGGCAGCCAUAAUCACACUGCACACAAGUUGUUCAACGCAAACUGUCAACCUCACAAGAGAGCUGGCUGGGCGAUUUGCUGUUCGGAAGAAACUUGUAUGCAUAAGCAAACUAGUUAGGUGACAACUGUGUAGUCCACAUUCAACUCAUGAUAAACUUUCAUUGUGCUAGUGAUCAGUGUACAAACUCUGCACAGUUGUUUAGCUUCUAAUAAAAAUGUGAGAGACUGACUCGAACACCAAGGGCCGUCUCGAACCUCAUCCUCCUUUUCUUUUCUCUACGAGCGCCCAUUCUUUAAUCUAGCACUUUUUCUACAGCUUCUGUAUUAUUUAUGAUCAACUGAACAAUGUUUUCUUGAGCUGCCAGUACAUUUGUAGGAAUGUAAUAUGAGCAGCCAUUGGUGUCACAGUUACAACUAUCUUGGUCUGAGUGUUUUCUGUGAGAAGCUGUGAAAAGCACAUCAUGCUUUUUCAGCAUUAAACAAGUGAAGGCUUUUUCCAUGUCGCAAGAGGCUUCCACCUAGGUGGCUGCGUGUUUUCUGCAGCUUUCAUGUUCAGCUCCGGCAUGAACAGUAUAUGAUGUAGUUGCCUGCCAUUUGUGAGAAAGGAUUGUUUUAGGACAAGCCAGAGUGUAGCAGGGUACCAUGUAUGCAUUGAGGGGGCCCUAUGGCACAUGAAGAGAUAUUACAUCAGCUUCGAUCUAACACAUUUUUUUAUUUUCAUGUAAUGCUUCCAUAGAUGGGCAUGUAUGUUUUAUCGUAAUCUUCUAAUUUCUCACUACAGUCAUAUUGAAGUCUUGACUAAACGAAGUUUGUGCUCAUUGCAUAUGCACCUUUACAGCCUGUGUGAGAAGGGCCCAUGCAGAAAUAGUGAAUAUGCAUCACUUUGCAGUUGGCCAGCCAUGCACGUUACAUUAUUAGGGCCAAUACUUGGUGCUUGCCAUUUGUGGUGGACUUUAGAAGCAUUCGGAAACAUGUGAACAGUAUAAGCAUGAGCUUAGUUCUUGUCCCAUUGACGGUUGUGCGCAUAAAAGGUUUAUGUUGGUUAAAGUAUUUUCACGUGUUCUCCUGUUGCUACAUUAUCCACGAGAAAGCAAUUCUAGGGAUCACCAAACCAGUCAGCAUCCUAAGACAGUCCUGCAAAGUGAUGUGGCUUGGCUACGCAAGGUGGGAUUUUAUGCUUACCUGUGGGACAAGUGAUUGAGACUGCUUUUAAUGCAGUGAAAAUUACAACUAGUGUAAUGAAGACACAGGGGGGAGCAUUGUGGCCACCUUAAAGUCCAACUGCAAUGAAAUUUUGCACUGUGUAAAAAGCCUAUAGUUUAAGAUAACGUAGAUAUAGAGGAGGCCUCCGUGCAACAUUUUACUUUUGAAAUACGAGCGAGAGUGUCGUGAAACACUUGCAAAAAUAAGUUUUUGAAACUGAAACUGAAAGAAAAAGAAACGCGAUUACC